AUGGUAUCAAGGGAGUUCGAAGUGAACGCUUUUUACCUAAAAGCUGACUUAAUGAUUCGGGCAGAGAUUGAACAACUUUGCAAACGUAUUGAAGAAAUUCAUCCAGGGGGUGUCGAUGUUCUAGUCAACAAUGCAGGUUGGCCAGGGAUGCCGGGAGCUAUGGAGGAUUAUUCUGUUGUAAUUUGGGAUGAUGUGAUUAAAGUCAAUUUAACAGCACCAUUUGACCUGAUACGUCUAACUAUUGGAGACAUGAAAAAAAGAGGUUGGGGCCGUAUCAUCAAUAUCCCUUCAAUAUACAGUAAAAAAAACUGUCACGACCCAUCCAGAUAUGUCUGUGCGAAGCAUGGUCUCAAUGGAUUAACAAAGACAGUUGCAAACGAUACAUUUGGCACUGGUGCGACAUGUAAUGCUAUAUGCCCAGCUGCUGUCGAGACUCAAAUUGUUAUUGCAGCGAUCAAACAACGGGCAGAAACAAUGGGUCUAACGUAUGAUGCAGUAUCAAAACAAAUCUUAGAGAAAACCAAUCCAAAUGGGCAGUACAUAAAACAUGAACAGAUUGCCGAACUUGCAGUUUUUCUGUGCUCCCCCUGUGCGGAUCAAAUGACUGGUGCCAUUAUUCCUAUUGAUGGGGGUAGCUGGGCGACAUAG